AUGUGUUUGUCUAUUCCCCAUAUCAUGAUCAUUUUGCUAUUCGUCUUAGUUUUCCAUAAUUUUAUCCUCUAUGCCUCUCAUCCUCAGAUUGUCCUACUUGCCGUUGUCGCCGCCGUCUGCGCCGAAGAGAUGGCCUCCGAAUCGAUGAAGACCAAGCGCGGUCUGCACCUGAGCCUGGGCUCUUACCACGCCCCAGCCGUGGUUUCCCACUCAUACGUCGCCCCAGCACCGUUGGCCGUGGCCCACCACGCCCCACUGGUUGCCGCCGCCCCAGUCUACACCAAGACCUACGUCCACCAUGCCCCGGCCGUCGUACACCACGCUCCUCUGGCCGCGUACCACGCCCCAGCCUACGUCGCCCACGCUCCGGCCGUCGUUGCCCAUGCCCCUUACUACAGCACCUUCCAUCGUCGUUAAGCUGGAACAUCGAUUCCGGUCGGUCGGUCGUCGGUCGGUAGGGGCCAUCAAGGGAACCCCCUCCAGCACCCUAGAGCUAGAACAUAAAAUCCACCAUCAAACCGUCCAUGCUAGGAUUAAGACUACUCAGUAUGCCUAAAGUGUGUGUGUAAAUAGUUGGGAAAACCAUGUGAACCAAAUCGUACUAUACUUUCGUUUGGAAAAUACAAAACCAUUUGCGGAUAUUAUGAAAA